CAACGUGACUGCGCUUGUAUUGCACUUUUUCGUAGUCCGGGCACCACUGCACUGGUUGUUGACGGGACUCCAAAUGCUGACAUCAAACUCUGGCGAUGUUAAAUCAGUUUUACCCUCUUUACUCAGAUUUACAAUGAGAGCAGAGGCUCUGGCACUGUUUGUUCUUUGCCUGGUGUCUUCUGGAGAUGUUUUGCACGGUAUAUUGGACGCUGCUUUGGGAGUUUUGGUUACGGAAAAUGAUGGGGGCCGUGAAGUUGUCAUCGGCCGGUGUCGCGUGGAGUUGGGCACCGGGCGCUGUGGACUCGGUACGGGGGACAACAAGAGUUUGACGGGUAGGAGUUUCCGGCGAGGCCUGUUGGUGGCAGACGCUGCAGAACUGCCUCAAUCGUUACCACCAGACACGGUCGAUCUCUUGCGAGAAUUACGUGAAGGAGGCAAAAUUCCAGGAGUCAAGGAAACCGAGGACUAUGAUGCAGCAUGUCUCGUGUAUUGGUUCCGCAAACCCACAGAAGUGACUGCACCAGCUGUAGAUUACUUUGGCCCAAGAUUUCCCAAAGGAUUCAGCAUCAUGUUUAAAAUCAGGUUUGCAACAGAAAGGACAGAAAACCUACUCACGGUGGUUGAUGACAGCGGCAAUAUUCAGCUGCAGGUUCGGCUUGGUCCCAACAUGUGUGAGAUUCAACUACGAACAAACACAUUGGUGUCAUACAGGUUUUUCAGUGAAAAAUUUGGCGACAAUCAGUGGCACAAUAUCGGGCUGGCCGUGGGCAACAAACAGAAGAAAAUCACAGGCUACAUGGACUGCAAUGAAAUAUCCUCGUUUCCCCUGCGGAAAAAGUUUGACCUGAAAUCCAAUGGCAGGAUGAUUAUAGCCGGCACCAUCUUACCGACUGAAACACCAUAUCUUGGGAAAAUACAGACCAUGUAUUAUAGUGCGGGUUUUCAAGCAGCAUCUGAUUGUACGACAUACUUCCAGUGUGAAAAUCAGAUCGAGGUUCCAGCUGCAACCACACCUGCCCCAAGCACAGUAUCUUUGGAACCUACAUGGCCCGAUUGGUUGAUCCCUUCAAUCAAACCAACCACUGAGGCACCAGAGCCACCUAUACCCGAGCCUACAACUCGUGAGCCCACAACCCCUGAAAGUAUCCCACCUGCACCUGUAACACCUGCACCCCAGCCAGAGCCCAUGACAGUAGCACCGGUCACGACACAGCCACCAAAAAUAGUGCCACCGACCACCAAGCCGUUUCUUGUACCAGCCACAAUACGGACCACUUCACAGACAUUCAUGGUUGGGACGAAACAUCCCAUCCUUGAUACUGGCGUACCAGGUCUCCCUCCUGGCUUUAUUGACUAUCUGCUUAGGCAUGAUGACGAGCAAACGGUUGUCAUACUCCUGGAAGAAUUGGAAUUUCUCAUGCCUACCACCUAUGGGGAUCCAGGCCGACCAGGAGAACCAGGCCCUGAAGGUGUACCUGGGCCACCAGGAGAACGUGGACCUAGAGGAGAGAAAGGCAUCAAGGGACUGCCACCUGUGCCACUAAUCAAGAGCCCUUAUGUUUUGUCCACUAUUGCUACAGAUGGUUCCAGGCCAUCAGGGUUACCGUGGUCCAAGAGGCCCCCAGGGCCGCCAGGAAGAAAGGGAGAUGAGGGGCCACCAGGCCCUCCGGGAGCAUUGGGACCCAAGGGUGCAAUAGGUCCACGUGGGCCCCAGGGUCCACGGGGCUCAAGGGGUAAAAGGGGAGGACGAGGCAGGCAAGGUCCACGGGGUGAGAUGGGGGACCCGGGUGAAAAGGGAUAUGGAGGAUUUAAAGGAACCGCAGCCCAGCCAGGUUCACCUGGAGUAAUAGGACAGCCUGGCUUCAUGGGACCCAUGGGAGCAAUGGGAGAACCAGGACUAAGGGGAAACCCAGGCCUGCCAGGAGUGCCAGGAUUCCCUGGAUACAUGGGUCUUCAAGGUGAGGAUGGUGAGCCAGGGGAAGUGGGUGAGGACGGAGACCCAGGACCACCGGGACCUCUUGGAGACAAAGGAGAACCGGGUCUGCCAGGACCUCCUGGACUUCCUGGCCCCAAUGCUACUGGAAUCGGGCCCCCCGGGCUGAAUGGAUCAGUAGGAUUACCAGGAGAGCCCGGGGCACCAGGGAUGGUGGGUAUGCCAGGCCCACAAGGUAUGCAAGGAUUUCGUGGUCAAAAGGGCAGGAAUGGCACACAAGGAGUUCGGGGAUUGAGGGGCAGCCCCGGUCCAGAAGGCAUAGAGGGUGAUCGAGGUGAUCGCGGCUUCAAAGGAAUGAAAGGUCGGCAAGGUAUAGAGGGAUUACUGGGCGAGCCUGGGUUUGAAGGUUACCAAGGCGACAGGGGUGAAAAGGGAGGUAUUGGACGAGUAGGGCCUCCAGGCCAGAGGGGAGAGCCUGGACUGGACGGGGAUCCUGGUAUUCAUGGAGAGGUAGGGCAAAAGGGUGAUACAGGACCUGAUGGCUUUCCUGGCUACCCAGGCUUCCGUGGGGAUAGAGGUCAGCCUGGAAUAGAUGGAAUACCAGGAGAAAUGGGAGAGGAGGGAGAACCUGGGCCACUUGGUCCACCUGGAAACAAUGGCACUGAAGUAAAGGGCCCCCAGGGUCAACCAGGCCCAAUAGGUGCCCCUGGACCCCCAGGUCACCCAGGUUAUGAUGGCUCACCAGGACCUAGGGGACCACCUGGUCUCCCAGGUGAGCCUGGAUUUGAUGGUUACUCUGGCAGAAAUGGAACUAAAGGACGCACAGGAAGAGCAGGAACCCCAGGUUAUCCUGGUGGUGCUGGUAUGCCUGGAGGUGAGGGGCAAAAAGGAGAACCAGGGAAUCCAGGGCUGGCAGGUGCUCCUGGAACUUCAGGAGAGAGAGGAAGUCAAGGUAUCAAAGGUGAACCAGGAGAGCCAGGCCUGCCAGGUGACAAUGCUCUAGAUGGGUAUGCUGGGGAUGAUGGACUCAUAGGAAUCGAGGGCCCAAAGGGGCUUCAAGGUGAACCUGGAAUGCCGGGCCCAAACGGACCUGCUGGUGUUGCAGGUGACCCAGGAAAAAGGGGAAUACCGGGUGAUAGGGGUCCAAAAGGCGAUAAGGGAGAGCAAGGAAAGCGAGGACUUCGGGGUGAGGUUGGUAGGCCAGGAGCCAGUGGGGCGAGAGGUCCUAAGGGACCCAAAGGAGACUUUGGAGGCGGUGGCGGGCUAGGAAUACUCGGCAGAGGUGGAAGGAGGGGGCGAUAUGGCGGUCGAGGUACCUAUGGCCCAAGGGGUGAGCAAGGGGAGAAGGGAGAGCAAGGCCCCAAGGGAGAGGAGAGUCCCAUGGGUGAGCGAGGCAUCGCUGGAGCCCCCGGACCCCAGGGGGAAAUAGGGAUCCCUGGCGCGAGGGGUCCGGUGGGAAGGAAAGGAAUACCGGGCCCCCAGGGACCCCAGUAUGGUGGCCUGGGUGAAAAGGGUAGGAAAGGUAUAGAAGGUGUGGUAGGUGUACCUGGUCCCCAGGGUGCGCCGGGUGAAAUGGGUCCCCCGGGUGUCAAGGGCAGUAAAGGGGAUCCUGGUAUUGAUGGGGACAUUGGACCACCAGGAGAGCCAGGGCCAGAUGGACCGACGGGACCACUGGGGUUGUCAGGUCGUAAUGGCUCAGCAGGACUUGAUGGACUACCUGGAGAAAAGGGACCCAAAGGUGUAGACGGUGUAUAUGGUACAGCUGGUGCUGAUGGAAUUGUGGGACUGAGGGGCAUACCCGGUGAGAAGGGAGAGAUGGGUGCACUAGGACCCCCAGCCCCACCGGGUUUCCCAGGCUACUUCGGAAUCAUGGGCCCUAAGGGAAGAGUGGGAUUGCGAGGUCGGCAAAAUCGCAGGGGUUUCAAGGGAGCCAAGGGAGAUCGGGGCGUGAAGGGCCCUAAAGGAAGCAAGGGCAAGAAAGGAUCUCGAGGCCCUGAAGGUCGGGAGGGAUACAAGGGAGCAUUAGGGGAACCAGGCUACAUCGAUGAUGGAGAGGAUGGUAUUGAUGGAAUCAAGGGCCCAGUUGGCAUGAAAGGAGAAAAGGGUGAUCGUGGACUUCAGGGACCACGAGGACCAUUAGGCAGAGCAGGCUACUCAGUGACUGGUGCCAGUGGGCCAUAUGGACCCCCAGGGGAAAGAGGGCCUAAGGGUCCCAAGGGAGAGCUAGGAGCUCCAGGUAUACCUGCCCAGCCUGGAGAAGAGUUGGUCCAAGGACCUCUGGGACCUCCAGGACCCCGUGGUCCUCCAGGGCCUCCUGGUAAACCUGGCAAGAUAAAGGGUGAGAAAGGUGAUAUGGGUCCCAAAGGUGAAGCACCACAGGGCCCUAAGGGCCAGAAGGGCCAGAAAGGCCCACCAAAUGACCCGCCGGUUAGAGGCCCUAAGGGACCAAAGGGUAAUCCAACACCAGGACAUCCUGGUAACCCAGGCCCACCAGGAUCCCCAGGACCCGGCCCUGGUUCAAUAGGACCGCAGGGUCACAAAGGUGUGCAGGGCCCCAAGGGUAUAAGGGGUCCCCCUGGACCCCCAGGUCCCCCUGGCCCACCUGCAGGCACGGCUCCUCUACCCACCACAAUACCAAGGAUCACACCUUCAACACUUACACCCACGCCUUCUGUGCCAGACAUUAGGAAGAGAACAGGCACCGAGUCCGACCCAGCUGUCAAUUGUAAAGACUUAAAAUCAGAUUUUCCAGAUUAUCCUGAUGGACAGUACUGGCUGGAUCCCAAUGAGGGUUCAGCAGGGGACAAGUUCCAGGCAUACUGUGACCUGACUGGAGGUGGUAGGACCUGUGUCAGCCCCAUCACUCAAACUCUUGAAACAAAAGCAUGGGACAUUAGUGAAGCAGGCUGGUUCAGCACUUGGCCGGAAGGAUUCACGAUAACCUAUCAAGCAAGCACAGUCCAACUGAGAUUUUUACAUUUAAGAAGUAAAAAGGCCACUCAAGAAAUAACCUACACAUGUCAACGUGGUGUGGCGUACUUUCACCAGAAGGGGAACCAUUAUGACAAAGCUGCCCAAUUCAAAGCUUACAAUGAUGAAACAAUCACGCAUGAGAGUCCAACGCUGCAAGUAUCACAAGAUGACUGUCAGUCGGCACCCAAGAAGCAAAAGACCACUGUCAUGGAGUUGUCAACCAAGGUUGUUGAGCAGCUGCCCAUCACCGAUAUCAACCCCCAGGGUUACAAUAAGAACAAAGGCCAAGCCUUUGGCCUAGAGAUUGGCGCUGUGUGUUUCCUAUGAGGUGACAGCCUUUACAACAAAGAGGUCAGAGAAAUUUGGAUUUGAGUUGGCACAAAAAUGUCUCGAGGUAUGUCAUACAUAAGCACAUCAUUAGAUAUCAGUCUUUUGAUGCACAAAAGCAGAUUCAAUCCAUCGUGUAGCUGAUAACACUGUCUAUCUGUUGAUCAACGUAAAGAAGGCGGCACCAUUACGCAAUUUAAGUCUGAUGGGCCAAAAUAAACACCAGAAAUUUGAUUGUAGUGAAACCCACAUUUUUUGUAAUUAUAGAGGCCUCAGAUCUCUGGACAUUAAAAGAUGCAUGGUUCAAGAUCCCUCUCAUAGUGUUUCGAUGUCUGAUAAUUUUUUAGGGGGUUAAACCAUAGAGCUAUAUUAAAUUACUAGAGCGCUUACUCCCCAUUCUUGCGCGCGGAGAUGCUUUGAAGCCGUCCUGGGAGCAGACAUUUUGAAUUCAUGUGCGUGUUUGUAGAACAUAAUGAAAUGAGAUGGAUUGAAUUUUGAAAGUGUACUCUACAUGCAACGCGCAAGUAGAACAUACGAAAACUUCUUAAGCGUGUCAUGACAGUUAAAAAAACCCGUCACGGCGAAAAGCAUCUGCAGCGAAUACGCGCACGCAUUGCGCUGUUUGCGUAGAGCAAAAUGACACGCACAUUUGAUGAUCGUGCGCAUCGGUUUCGGGCGUAUCAGCUUCAAUGACACACCGGUAUGGAAUACAAAUGCAGAUAUGCAAAUAGCCGUACAAAAGCUGUACAAAUUUUCUAGUUCUCCAUAGGUUUGUGUACAAACAUGGAUGCGCCCAGCAGGCAUUACUUUGUACACGUGAGUUAGCACUCUAGUAAUUUAAUAUAGCUCUAUGGGUUAAACCAACUUACAUGCACUUUUCAGUUCUUAGCUUGUUAUGGUGGAAUUUGGUUCUCUGGCCUGAAAUGUGGUAAAGAGCAACCUAGUAAAUAUAGGGUACCCUAAGGAAGAUUAAGCAUUUAAUGAAUGCUGUAGUGUAAGUACGGUUGUGAAGCUAAUCUAAAAUAUGGUUUUCAUUCAACCUACCUCCUAAUACACUGCCCAAGUCCGACAUCUCCUCCCCAGGGCAAGCUCACUUCCUUGACAGCGGUUCAUGCACGUUCCUUAACGACUCAUUCCACUCACAUUUAACACACAUGAUCACAGACAGCAAUUUUACAUCCUAUUUUUAUAGAACAUUUUCACAACUUGGGUUUACAACUGCCAUAGUGAAACGUUGUGUUUAUCUGGAACGCUGCAGUGCAUGUGAAACAGUAACUAUAGUUGCACCAAGUGAGUGAUGUCAUGACUUCGGCAGCAUAUCCCAUAUAAAAAAUGUGAGGCUACAUAAAGAAAUACCUCUCUGUGGCACUUGAUAUCACAUGCUUCAUUCAUAAAGUACUUAUAUCCAUAUCCAUCAGAGGCAUGUCAAUCCAUGACUCGGUUGAUAGUAUGGCAACAAGUUUUUAAGUAAAUAUUUAUGAAAUAUGGAAUUUUGUAAGAAAAUAUUUGUUUCAUAGCAGUUGACGUUAGUGUUUUCAGUAUCAAUGCCUUAAAGCUUUGUAUAUGCACUGCUUGCUGGUAAUUGGCUGGUCUAGUUCCAGUAGUUGUAAGUGAUAGAAAUCAUGAAUGAGAUAUGCAAAUAGAUGGGCGGAGCUUGUAUUUUUUCGUGCAUCUUUAAAGCAGAACUAUGAAUGUAAGAAGUUCCCUAAUUAUGGGCAUCACUUGACACAACUACACAAAGAUGUACUUGAGAGCAUUUCAAAUGAACAUUCCAUUUUUUAAUGUCUUACUGCCAUUUCUUGCCUACUUUGGUUUACAUUUAUUCAAAGCUUUUAUAACAAAAUGUAUACAGCCAUUCUGAUUAAUAAUGCAACAAAUAUAAAUAUAUAUAUAAAUCUGAAACAUAUUUUUACAAUAAAUGUAUAACAGUGGUAGGUAUCAUAUAACGGUGGCUAAUUUUGGUUCCCACAAAAGCUGCAAUUUCAUUAUCUAAUCUUUUUCAAUAUGCAAGCUAUAUACUAAAGAACUUCUGUUGUAUAACUUUCAAUUUUUCUUAAUUGAAAUUUAUGUCUGAUUUUUUUAAAAAGUUGGUUAGCAUACAUAACUCACAAUGUACGCGUGCAUAAAGGGCAGAUAUAUGAACACUGGAAUUAUAUUUUGGCUAGCUCAAUUUGAUUUUCAAAUGUGUUUAAAAAAAACUACAGUUGACAGUCAGCCAUGUUCUUCAGUCAUAAAACCUUUAUUUCACUUUUGGACUAAUUUACGAGCCAAUUUUCUCAGCUUUAAAUGACCUCAGUUUCUUCUAUUCUUUUUAAUUGUCCUCUUGAGUUGGAAUUAUCUUUACCGCUAAUCAAGUUGGUGUAAUUUUCUGUGCAUUUUAUACUUUGACCGCAAGGUUAUCUCUUAGGAAAUAGUAUGCAGAAAGCUGGUAUAUUUUGUUUAGAUAUUUGUUGAUAUCCAACUUUGCUGAAACACUUGCAUGCCUAUCUUUUGCGCUUGUUGUUGACAGUAUUGCUUUUUAGAAAAAAAGAAUAUGCUCUUGAUUUUUUUAAUAUUAAAAUAACUGCCACAUUGGGUUGUAUUUGAAUUGUUGAUUACUUUAUUUGAAAUUAUUAAAGUGACACUGUUGGUAUUUGAGCCAAUGAUCACUGAAUCAGAGCAACAA